AUGCGUGUCAUGUCAAAAGUGCUUCAUUUAGCAGGAUGGCCGGGUCGUGGGCGUCAAGAUCUGCCAGUCGUCGAGAGACACGUACGCCUUCCUCCAGUUGACUCGGAAACCGCAGCUGCCGAUGCUAUAGAGGAUGUCGAUCAAACCAAGUUUGGUGGGUUCACCAUUAAGGUCGCCCAUGCUACUCGACAAUCCACUGAGAAUCGUCGUCCCAAUGACUCCUACAAUAGGGACUGGAGACGACCCUCCUAUGGUGGGGGGCGUUGGAAUGGCGGCGGCAACUAUAACGAGGGAUACUCUUCUGGAAACAGGAGGAGUUAUGAUAGGCGUGGCAGUGGCGGCGAUUGGUAUAGAGAAGAUUCUCGUGGGGGCCGCAGAGACGACUAUGGGAGGGACAUUGCAGCUCGUCGAGACUACCCUGAUUACAGUCCACCGUCAAGUCGUUCGAGAGCUGCUGAGGCCCAAGGGUCCUGGGACCGUGAGGGCGGCCGUGGUGGUCGUCGUGUAGAGGGCGACAACGGCGUCAGCUUUUACGGUGAUAGGGAGUCCUCUCGCCCGGGUCGCUAUGGUGGGGCCCCUAGGGGCGCGGUACAGCUGAAACUGGAGAACCUUCCAGAGGACAUGAGCUGGCAGGAGCUCAAGCAACUAGGCAAGGACUAUGGCAGCUCUUGUUCGUUCGCCAGAACCUUCCGGGAGGGCCGAGUAUGCUGCGGUGUGCUGGAGUACACUGAUUCUGCACAGGUUAACGAUGUUAUUAAGGCCUUGGACAAUAGACGUAUUCAGGGGUGUACUGAACGUCUUCGCAUCACCAGAAAUGAGGGGUCUCGCAAUAUUGGUGAUGACGAUGACAGCUCGUAUGAUAUAAAAAGAUACGACAGGGCCCCUCGUGGUGGUAUGCGUUAUUAAAACUACUCCCACAAUACUUUUUCCGUCCAUAUUCGAUUGUGGCGUCGUUGGGGUGGUAUGUGGUCCACAGGUCAGCUUACUACUAC